GCCUUGCUCUUGCUUGACGAAUUGACCGUCGAAAGCGCUGAACAUUUUCCUUUCCUGUACCUAAAUCGAACCAUGACGUAUUUAAAUUUGCACAGAUGAAGCCUAUGAAAUAGGACAUUUCAUUUACGGAGAGCUUAGUUGCUUGCCGGCUCGGCUGGUAUCGGUUACUUGCCGGACAAUUAUGUUUAUUGACUUUUUAGUGCAAAUAUAGGAAGUCAAAAUGAACAUCAGGCAAUUACUUGUCGUAUAUUUCGCUGUUUUCGUAGGUUUAGUGAGUGGUGCAGUUAUCGCUAAUGACGACGAUGUGGAAGAGCAGGGCCUGUAUCGUAAGUCGGACAAAGUUGUUAUACUAACUCAACGUAACUUCGAAAGAAAAGUGUACGGCCAAAACAGAGCGCAAGUAGUGCAGUUCUAUAAUAGUUAUUGCGGGCAUUGUAGAGCUUUCUCGCCAAAGUACAAAAGUUUGGCUGCCGAGAUACAACCUUGGGAAAACAUAUUUAAAUUAGCAGUUAUAGAUUGUUCUGAGGAGGAGAACAAUGAAAUAUGCAGGCAAUUUGAGAUCACGGCGUAUCCGUCCCUUCGAUAUAUUCAUGAAAAUUAUAUUAAGGGCAAUGCUAAUGUUGGUGAGAAGCUAAAUGCCAUUGAUACAGCUGAAAAACUUAAAUCUGAAAUUGUACACAAAAUGCAGCUGGAGCAAGCAACGGGACGUUUAUCUUUUGCUCCUACUCUCAGCAUAGCCUCAUACUCCAGUUUCACUACAGCCCUUUCUGAUGUGCCAAACUCUAUCAUAUACACAUUCUUAGUGUUUGAGUCUGAGAACAGUACUGUUGGGUCCGAGCUGGCUCUGGAUGUAAAUGACUACAGCAGUAUCAGAGUGAAGAGAGUGUAUGAUACCAGUGAGCUGGUUAGACUGGCAGGAGUAACUCAUUUCCCAGGUCUCGUUGCAGUAAGAACUAAUACAUUAGAAGUUACCCCUCUAACACCUAAAAAUCCUACUAAAGCUAAUUUAUUGAAGGCUGUCAAUACAUUUUUACUAUCUAAAAAUUAUGUUCUUCCAAUUCACAAGACACAUACCAAUAAUGUUGAUCUGGACCGUAAUGCCAACCAAAUCAUACAUGACAGCUCUGACACAGUCUACUAUAGUGACUUAGAGAAAACAAUUAAAACAUCUUUACACACAGAAAUUACGAGACACAAAAUAUUGAGUGGAGAGCCGCUACAAGCUCUGUUAAAUUAUUUGGAUGUAUUGCUCAGUUCAUUUCCCUUCAGAGGUAAUCUGCAGGAAUACAUUCAGGACUUGAGGAACAAACUUGCAACUAGAACUGAAUGGGAUGGUGCAGAUAUAUUUGAAAUGGUGAAGAAUUUGGAAACAGUCCAUGCACCCGUGUACAUUACUAACUUGGAAUAUGUCGGCUGUCGCGGCAGCCAAUCAACAUACCGCGGCUACACUUGUGGGCUGUGGACCUUGUUCCACACGCUCACUGUCAAUGCUGCCCUCAGGCCUGGCAAGGAGGGACCCAAGGUACUGCAAGCUCUUUAUGGUUAUGUAAAACAUUUCUUUGGAUGCACAGAAUGUGCACAGCAUUUUCAAGCCAUGGCAGCCAGGAAUAAAUUAUUUGAUAUGAAAGAAAAUGAGAAAGCUGUUUUGUGGUUGUGGAUUUCCCAUAAUGAAGUGAAUUUGAGAUUGGCCGGUGAUGUCACUGAGGACCCUGAGCAUCCCAAAAUACAGUUCCCAAGUGUAAGCAAGUGUCGUGAGUGCCGGCUCGCACGUGGCGCCUGGAACCUGCCUGCGGUGUACCAGUACCUGCAGUCGGUGUACAGCUCUGGCAACAUCAAGGACAUCGCCAGGAGGUCGGCCCUUGCUGCGCCGAGCCCGUUCUCCAACCUGGACCUUGGAAUGCUAAGCCUCCUCAUGAUUGUUCGAGUGUUGGUGGAAAGAGGGCUGAUAAGCUAGUGCAGGUACUUGCCAUAAUAAAUCGGAUCUCGAAGAUGACGUAGCACAAACAUCACUAGAUACGCCCAGUUUUAGUCUCAUUCCAAUUAGGUACAUAAUAGGCAAAUAAUACCUAUUUAAUACUAAGUAUCAUGAAACAAAUAAAUUGCUAAUGUGAAUUCGUAUUUUAAGAUAAGUUAGGUACCUAAUUAAUGCGGCUUCGUUGAUAGGCAGAAUAUAUGAUAGCUGUAUAGUUAAAUUUAAAGUAGGUCUACCUAUUAAAUUAACUUUUUAUUAGUAUCAUUACCUACAAUGGCAUUCUGUUUAUUUUUGCAUGUCAAAGGAAAGUGAUUUAUUUCUAAGUCGUACUAAUAGCGUAACCAUUUGUGCAUGUCGUUAAAUAAAUGUAUAACUAUUA